CUUUAAAAUAACGCUGCAACGGCCAUGCAGCCUCAUCCUGGUAUCAGCUCUGCUUGUAGAAGCGCAUAACUGUUGGAGGCCGGACGAUGGUUUAGUCAGACUGGGAGAGCGUUCGGAGUACUCGUGCGUGAUACAGAUAAUAUGCAGACAGCCGAAUGGCGAUGUUGGAGAAAAGUUACGGCACCGCCUUGGAGACGAAUCACUCUAAUGGGUCCUCCAUCUUCGGGCACUUUCACGAUCGCCCCAUCUCUAGAAGCUUCACUAGUUGCUUCUAGGGUGUGUAGACGACGAAGGCAUGGCGUUGCUGCCUGUUAGAUAGAGCCGCAGCCACAACAGCCACAAUCACUAGCGUCAGAUAGACCAGACUGUAC